GCGUUAGGUUGGCACCUCCGCGCGCGCUCUGUCAUUUUUGUCCGUCUUGUCCCGUUUCGUUUCGUCGCGUCGCGUCUCGUUUCGUUGCGUGUCUCUCGCUUUCGCGUCUGAAAUGUUUGUGUUUGUUUGUUAACAAUAUAUUAGCAAUGUUUUUUUCUGUGUCUCGUGCUAUCGUGUAUUUUUUUUAUUGACAAAAACAGCGUGCGUGUGUUUUCAAGUGUUUGUGGGUGUGUGCGUGCGAGCCUUCCUCAACACAGCAGCAGAGCAGAGCAGAGGCAGCGCAAAUGCAAAAGCAAAAGGGCAGUGCAAAAUCAAAGCAAUGCCAAAGCAAAAGUUGAACAGCAGUGGCCGUGCAACAACAACAAGUGCACGAGUGCAAGUAGACAAACAACAAUAAAGAGCGGGAGUGUCUUCUCUUGGCAGCCCUCGCCUUCAAUGCGACGACAGCUGUUGGCUCAAAAGAAAAUUUACCGUUGACUUUUUGCCCAAAAAGAAAGACAGCAGCUGAGCCUUAAGCAGCGAAAAAAGUGUGUUUUAUCAAGUUUUUGUUGUUGUCUGCGCGAGCUGCCGAGGCGCUCUCACGUGUUGGCGCCGACUGCGACGCCAGCGUGGGCAGCAGCAGCUCCCUCUGCCGACGUGACGUCGGCGUUGAUAAAUGUGAAUGCAAAAAGGAAUUCCCAUGCGGCCGUUUAUUGUACAUUACACAACCCACCCGCCACCACCCACCGGCGACGAUAGUGAUGCUGCUGCUGCUGCGACGAUAAAGAUGAUGUUUGGGCAGAGCAGAGAAUUGGCGCUGGCCUGCUCAUACACAUAAGAGACGGAGAGACGCCAACCAGCUGUGCCGCCAAAAAUAUCAAUAGAGGGAGAGAGUGUUCUCUUUCUCUCUGUCUCACCUGCAACGUCAAUGUCUGACGAAGUGCCUUUGGGGCGUUUAUCGCAAAUCUUCGAUACGCUCACAAAUCUACAGCAACAGCAGCAACAGUCGCUCCAAGUGCAGGCCACAGCGGCGGCGGAUCAGCAGCGACGUUCGGCCUCAUCGUCGCCUUCGCCGUCUGCCAGUGCAUCGGCCUCCAGUUCGGGCCGGGCCACGCCUUCGGCUGGCGCCCAUGCGCUGUACUAUACGCAGAGCCAUCAGAGCCAUUACUUCCUGAGGCCCCAGGAUGGCAGCAGCGUUGGCUUCUUGCACACCUUUCCCUCGCACCUCUACCACCACCAGCAGCCCCAACAGCAGCAGCAGCAGCAGCAGGCGCUGCAUCAGCAGCAUCUGCUCCACCAGCAGCUGCUCCAGCAGCCGCCGUCUCUGCCCUCACAGCUGCCGGGGCGAUCGUCGGGGUCGCAGUCGCUGCAUGGCUCCCCGUUGGUGGUUAAGCGGGCCACCUCGUUCAGCGGUCAAAUACCGCUGGUCCAGGGGCGCCUAUCCAGCACCACCUCCACGCCGAACAGCCCACGGCUAAUGCCACGGCGCGUGCCACGGCCACCGCCCAUACCGGCCAAGCAGGGGGCCAAGGUGGAGGCGCCACAGCCGCCCGUUAAUCCCGUGCUGGCCGCCCUGGAUGCUCCCGAUGCGCCGUGGCCGCACUUUUCGGCUCUCACCGAGCACCUGGACGUUCAUCAGGUGAACAACUAUGGACAGGCACUGCCGGAGAUCAACUGGCAGGAACGCUGCCUGGAGCUGCAAUUGGAGCUGCAUCGAUCGAAGAACCAGGCGGGACGUAUACGGGAUAUGCUGCGUGAAAAGUUAACGGAGCUGGAGCAGCGCGUCAUCGAAGCGGAAGAACGCGCCGAGGAAGCUGAAGAUAAGGUGCGUGCCAUGGAGCAGCGGCUGAGUGAGUGGCCCAAACCUCCCGCACAGCCACAUCCACACCCACAGCCGCAGCAGCAGCAGCAACAGCAACAACAGCAGCAAUCCCCCAAUCAUCAGCAGCAACAGCAGCAAACGACAGCAGCAGGAGUAGGAGGAGGAUCAUCAGCCGCAUCUGCAGCCGCAGUAGCAGCGUUAGCAGCCGCAGCAGCAGGAGUACCAGAGGCUGAGCGAACCAUCACCUCGUUGGAGAUCCAGGUGGAGGAGCAGCGACAGUUGCGACUGCACGACGCACGCCAGAUCGAGGCGAAGGCAGCCAAGAUCAAGGAGUGGGUGAACAAUAAGCUGCGAGAUCUCGAGGAGCAGAACCAGGUGCUGCGCGAGCAGAACGUCAAGUGCAACCAGCAGCUGGAGCUGCUGAAGAACCACAUCGCCAAUCAGUCGCAGCGCCACAGCAUCGUCGGUCCCGUGCGGAACAGUUUGAGCUUGGACGUGCAGGACUUUGCCGGCGGAACUGCGGAGACGCGCAGGCGCAGCGAGAGCCUCGAUCCCUCGCAGGAGAUCAUCAGUCGGCCACUGACCAGCUCGUAUCCACACCACCAGCACCGACGCAAUCUCUCGAUGGAGCCGCAGGAGCUCGAGCGCAAUCUGGUGGCAGCCGUCGACGGCCUCACCCUGGCCCCCCUCUCCAGCAUCUCCAGCAAGGCGCCCUCGCUGGGAGGAGCUGCUGCGGCAGCCGGCGGUGGAUCGCUGCCACGGCCGGACAGCUCCGACACGGACACGGCCCACGACUAUGCGGAGAUCUACACGCCCUCGUGCGAGAAGCUGCCCGCCUGGAUGAAGAACAAUCCCGCGCUGAUGGCCAGCGGCGGAAACAGCAGCACCACCACCACAACCACCAGCGACCUGGGCGUGCCACGGCCACCGACACCGCCACUGCACCGCUUCCCCAGCUGGGAGGCCAAGAUCUACCAGGUGGCCAACGAUGGGUUGGCCGGCACUGGUCCUGGCACGGGCACCAGCACGGCCGACAGCACCGCCAGCCACGAGCCCGAUGCAGCCGCCAACAAUACCCUGUCUAACGGAAGGUCCCGCCACGGCACACACGGCCAUGGCCAUGGGGGACACGGCCAUGGACACAGGCAUGGCACAGGCACGGGUACGAUCACGGGCACGGGAGGCGAUGGCAAUGGAACACUGGGAAGCAGCGGCACACCGGGCACACCGCAGCCGCCAACGCGGCAGCAACAAACCGCCAGCGGCGGCUUCUGUGAUAUUUCGGUGCCCGUGUACGCAACGGUGAAGGGACGGGCCUCCCAGAUCCGCUCGAUGCCCUUCACCGGCGACUCGAGCGACGACUCCAGCGAUGGGGAGGACCAUGCCGUGAUGCUCACCCACAAUUCGCACAACUCCAGCAGCACGGACAACACGGAGACCUCCACCUCCGGCAGCGCCUCGAGCCCCUCCAAGAGCCUGAAGACCUCCUCGAGCCUCAGUCCCGCGAAGCGCAGUGGCUCCGAGAGCCCCAAGAAUGCCAAGCCGCGUGUCCACCACCUCCAGCCACGCACAUCCACAUCCACACAGCCACAGCAUUUCCACAUGCACCAUCACCACACAUUGCCCCACCAGGGGCUGACGCUGACGCUGUCACCGACAUUCCUGCCACAGGGCACGCUGCCUCGUGCCCAUCAGGCUGCUACCACGGCCACGGCUACACUGCGGCUACCAGUGCCACCGAUCGUUGCACCACGUUGCAUCGCCUCUGCAUCCAGUACCCAGCACAUGCGUGGCACAGUAAUUUCAGAUCUUUCCUUUGAAUCAGGCCUCUCGGACGACUACGCCCUGCCCCCGGAUGCCGUUUCGGAGUCCACCUGCAUGGAUGCCUCGAUGCCGUCGCUUCUGAUGCGCGCCUCGUACGUCGACUCACCCAGCAAGAAGAUUGAGUCCCUGGAGAAGAUGGGUCACCUGGCCAAGCUGGGUGGCAAGCUGAAGACGUGGCGCAAGCGUUGGUUCGUCCUGAAGAACGGUUCACUGAACUACUGGAAGAGCCAGCACGAUGUGCAGCGAAAGCCGCAGGGGCAGAUCCAGCUGGACGAGGCUUGCCGCAUCAACCGGGCGGAGGGAGCCUCCACCUUCGAGAUAGACACCGGGAAGAAGGUCUACUACCUGACGGCCGACUCCCAUGCCACCAUGGACGACUGGAUCCGAGUCCUGCAGAACGUGCAGCGUCGGAAUGCGACCAAGCUGCUGCUCAGCCGCGACGACCAGAAGCCCACGGUGCAGGGCUGGGUGACGAAGGUGAAGAACGGCCAUGCCAAGAAGUGUUGGUGUGUGCUGCUCGGCAAGAUGUUCCUCUACUUCAAAGCGCCAGCGGAGACGAAUCCCCUGGGACAGAUCAAUAUGCGCGAUGCACGCGUCGAGGAGGUGGAACACGUCUCGGACUCUGAUUCGGAGGAACGCGAGGAUGCUGCCCAGGACCAGGCUCGACUCACCGUUGCCAUCUAUCCGGCACACCAGGGGCCCACAUACCUGAUCCUGUCCGGCAAGCCGGAGCGCGACAAUUGGCUCUACCACCUGACGGUGGUCUCUGGCGGCGGGCCCAGUGCUGGCACCCAGUACGAGCAGCUCGUGCAGAAGCUCAUGGAGACAGAUGGAGAUCCAAGUUGCGUUCUGUGGCGUCAUCCGAUAUUGCUACACACCAAAGAUGCCAUCACGGCACCGCUCACAUCGAUGCACACGGAGACCAUGCAGCCGGAGGCCAUUAAGCUGUUCAAGAGCAUUCAGCUGUUCAUGUCGGUGGCUGUGAACCAGCCGGGCAUCGAUUACCAUGUGGUGCUGGCCCAGAAUGCACUUCAGCAUUCGCUGGACAUGCCCGAGCUGCAGACGGAGAUGAUCUGCAUACUGAUCAAGCAGACCUCCCGGCACAUGGGCCAAAAGCUCAGUGUCGGCGUCCAGGUAAACAAGAAGCUGGGCAAGCAAACGCGCCAACUACUGUUGUGCGCCACCCAAAGCCUGUUCACCUGUGAUACCCAACAGGCGGGCAAUGCCCAUGCCAAUGGCAGUUCGCCCACAUCCAUUCAGGCACCCGUUGCUGCGCCCAUCAUUGACUGCAAGUCGAAUCCCCCGGCAUACAGCUUCGUGCAGGGCUGGCAGCUGCUCGCGCUGGCCGUCUCCCUGUUUGUGCCCAAGUCCAGUCGCCUGCUGUGGUACUUGAAGCUGCACCUGUCGCGGAAUGCGGACACCAAGACGGAGACGGGCAAGUAUGCGGCCUACUGUGAGCGUGCCCUGGAGCGCACUCUGAAGAACGGCGGCCGCGAGACGAAGCCCUCGCGCAUGGAGGUUCUAUCCAUUCUGCUGAAGAACCCAUACCAUCAUUCCCUGCCCCAUGCCAUACCCGUGCACAUGAUGAACGCCACCUACCAGGUGGUAUCCUUCGACGGCUCGACGACCAUCGAGGAGUUCCAGGCGACGCUCGCCCACGAGCUGGGCACCCGUGAUGCCAGCAAUGGCUUCUGUCUGUUCAGCGAUGAUCCAAUCGAGAAGGAUCUGGAGCACUAUCUGGAGCCGCUGGCCAAGCUGUGCGACGUGAUCAGCAAGUGGGAGACGGCGCUGCGGGAGAAGGGCUCUGGCAAGUUCGAGAACUCGCGCGUCAUCCAGCUAAGCUACAAGAACCGGCUCUACUGGAAGCACACCAUCAAGUGCGAGACGGACAAGGAGCGGCUGCUGCAGUGCUACCAGACGAACUCGCAGAUCGUCCAGGGCCGCUUCCCGCUCUCCCGUGAGCUGGCCCUGGAGCUGGCCUCGCUCAUGUCGCAGAUCGACAUGGGCGACUACUCGCUGGAGAAGUCGCGCGACGUGGGCGUCGGCCUCAAGGGGCUGGACAAGUUCUAUCCGUACCGCUAUCGGGACGCCCUCGGGGCCGAGCAGCUGAAGGAGGUCCAGGAGCUGCUCAUAUCCAAGUGGAUGCUCCUUAAGGGCCGCUCCACGCUCGAUUGCGUCCGCAUCUAUCUGACCUGCUGCCGCAAGUGGCCCUACUUCGGGGCCUGCCUCUUCCAGGCCAAGCCCCGACAGAGCGAGACCUCGCACGUGGCCUGGCUGGCCGUUGCCGAGGAUGCCCUGAACGUUCUGGAGCUGUCCACAAUGGCGCCGGUGGCUCGCUAUCCCUACAGCUCGGUGAUGACCUUCGGCGGCUGCCAGGACGACUUCAUGCUGGUCGUCUCCCACGACGAUGGCACCCUGGCCGGCGGCUGCGAGCAGAAGCUGCUCUUUGCCAUGAGCAAGCCCAAGAUCUUGGAGAUCACCCUGCUCAUAGCCGACUACAUGAACGCCCUGGGCCACACGGUGCCCGGCACGCCCCAGAUGAAUUCUCUGACCCGGAACGGAUCGCAUCGCUCGCUGCGAACCUCGAAUCGGCCUGCUCCCGGUGCUGGAUCCACUGUGGCCGCCUCGGGCCUCACCAGCAUUGGCCUUGGCAUUGGCACAGGUGGACCCGGCAGUGGCACCGGCUUCUCCACCAACGCCACCACCACGGCCCACAACACGCUCAACUCCCAUGCCACACACACUUUGAACUCCACACACUCGCACACGCUGAGCAGCUCGCAUCACGCCACAACCGGAGGAGGUAGUCAUCCGGGAACACUCAGCUCGGGGCACCAUCAUCACCAGCAUCACCAGCAACAGCAGCAGCAUCAUCACCACCAGCCGGAUAUAUUGAAGAGCACGCCCGACCAUCAGAGGAUCAAGUAGAGGAGCGCUGGAGAUCUUCAUCCACUGGAUUAACUGGAUUCCAUAUUGUACAUAGGCGCGGCAAACGCAUCCAUAUACGACACUAACAUACAUAUGCUAGAGACACAGGCAUAGACACAGAUACAUAUACUUACGUAGAAUAAGAGGAGCGGGGGAUGCCCCUAUCCACUCCACAGGCACUACUCAACACUGCUCUUUCCUAAACAACUAGCAACGGUACACGUACUCUAAUCGUAUAAUUCGAUUAAUUAUAGUCUCUCUUUUUUUUUGAUAGUCUUAAGAGCGUACCCCAAAAAUACGAGCAUGUAAGAAGGUAUCUGAAACAGAACACAUUUUGAAUCUCUUUUCGUUAGUUAUUUUUUAUCUGUUUGUUUUUUUUCGUUUCGUGGUUGUAGUUCCCUCAGAUACAGAUAAAGAUACAUAUGUAUAUGUAGAGUUAUAGAUACUAUUAUAGGUAUAGUAUGUGGUAUAUUCGAGUGUUCUUGCUCUUCGAUGUAAUGCUUUGUAAUGAGUCUCAAUUGUCCCUCCAUGCGCGAUAACUGCCUUUUGAAUUUAUAGAUGUGAAGUAUAGAAGCCAGUAACAAGCCAAAACAAAAAUAAGAACAGCAUAUAGCAAAA